CUCUGUGCAGCCCAACGCGGGAUGUUCUUCCAACUCGUGUGCUUUUUUGUGGGCCUUAGUCUACACAUCACAUUCGGAAAUGAAAGGCCAGACAAAUGUUAUGCGACGAAGAGGGACCCCUCAUGUACUGGGGAUGGGUAUCUUCGAUAUGCAAUAAACAACGCAACAGGUGCUUGCCAACCGACUACUGUGGACAGAAGUGAGGACAAUUACCAUACCAGAAAGGAAUGCAGCGUGUCAUGCAACGACUGUCAGGAUGCUGGUAAAUGUGGGAACUCGGCGAAGUUUCUAUGUACUCAAACCAGAGGAGACGACGUACAACCACCAAGUACUCCAACGCCCCAGCAUGUCAAAGGUCAAGCCGAGAUUGCAAUGGCAUGGUUCUACGAUAUUUGCACCGGAAAGUGCGAAUAUCGGCAUAGUUGUUCUGCAUCACAAAACUAUAGCUUCAAGAGUUUUAAUGAAUGCGACACAUAUUGUAGGGGUUACACUAAAGACGACCUAGAACCCACUCCAGCAUAUCCAGCAGAGCCUACCGGAACCUCUAUUGUCGCUACUACUACGACCACACCUAUGACCAGCACAGCUACUGUGAAUGCUACGGUAGUACAGCCUCCAAUGACACCUAAAUGCCGCCAACCCGAGCUUAAUAUCACCUGCAAGAGAAGAACCUACCGCGCCAUCUUCAACGCCACAACAGGAAUGUGUCAACCUGCCCUUGUGUGUACGAGGGCCGGCCAGACCUUUGAUACACUCAGGCAAUGCGCAGACGUCUGCGGUGCAGAGAUCCGGUACCGGUCAUAUUACGACAUCCACUGUAAUUCAUCACCGGCGCCAUGGCGCUGCGAAAAAGGACAACGAAGGAUGCACUGGUGGUCCUUUAAUUACGUGGAACAGAAAUGCGAGCACCGAUAUGCUUGCCCUAGCAGCUCCUUCGACAUAUUUCGUCGCAAGAGUCGCUGCGAAGUGCAAUGUCUGGGAUUGUAAUUACAACAGUACAGCUCAGUGUAAGAGAGUCAAU